AUUCUCUCUCCGCAACUCUACGUCCCAUGGAAGACGACAACGAUGAUUUCUUCGUAAAUUCGUCCGGUAACUUUAGUCCCUCUAGUCCAGCGGAUGAAGACGACAACAAAGAUUUCUUCGUAAAUUCGCCCAGUAACUUUAGUCCCUAUAGUCCAGCGAAUGAAGAAAGGGAAAAUCAAAGCAACAACAAUCUUUAUCAUUCACCUAGGCCUUACGAAAUUCCUCAUCGAAAUCGAUACCAUUCCCCAAGACGCAAAACUCACAAAGAAGAUCGAAUCAGCUCCUUACCGGACUCCCUCAUCCACCAUAUCCUCUCAUUUUUACUGGCCAAAGAAACCGUUAAGACCGGUGUUUUGUCUAAGAGAUGGAUGUAUUUAUGGACCUCUAUUCCCAAUCUUACCUUCCGUUGUCCCUAUUAUACUUCAACUCAUUAUGGGUUUUUGGAGUUUGUGGAUAAAACCCUAUUUUUCUACUCCUCUAGCAAGAUCGAGAAAUUCGUGCUCGAUUUUAUAUACAAGAGUUCUUCGGCCGCUUUAAUCCACAAGUGGCUUCGUUGGGUUGCCAGGCAUGAUGCAAGUAUUCAUAGUGGUCCGUGGAGUAGAUUGGAGAGAUUGGUGUUAAAAGAAAUGGCCAAUCCCGAAGAUGGAGACGAUGGUAUGAUUGAAAUUUCAUGUCCUAGUCUGAAAUCAAUCGAAAUUUCAGGAUCUUGGGGGAGCAAGAAAUGUAGGUUGUUGAAUGUAUCAUCGUUAAUCCAUGUCUGCCUUAAUUUUGAAGUUGACAUUGCCUCGGAGGAGUACUUUGACAUGAUGAAGCAGCUGCUCGAGAACAUUAGGCAUGCCAAGCAAAUUACUCUUGGCACUUGGUGUAUCCAAGUUCUAUCGGUAUUAGAGUUCAGAGGAUUGCCUUCUCCUAUGUCCUUAAGCAGUUGUAAACGUUUAAUUCUAGAUACAGAUUUUAACUGCUGGGAUACCUUUGGGGUGGCAAGCUUGCUUCAUUCUUUACCAACUCUACAGAACCUAGUCAUUGACUUGACAAAUAAUCGCAACGGAGAGGAUGUGGAUUCCUCCGACUAUCCAGAAUUUCGUGACUAUUUUGGAGAGAAUUAUUGGAAAUCAGAAGACUGGAUUUCCAGUUGCCUGCUCAGGCAUCUAAAGACCGUUGAGAUUGUUGGCCUUGACCUGUACAACGAAGUCCUUGAAAAUGAUCUUCUUGCAUUUGUACGGUUUCUGCUCGGAAAUGCAAGGGAAUGGCCUAACAGUUUUCUUCCACUCAACUAUCAAGAAACAGUGGACGAAACUUUCCAUGGCUUGUUUGAGCAUCUAAAGACCAUUGAGAUUGGCCUUAGACCCUUUGAUGAUAUGAACCGAAUGAUCUUGCAUUAGUAGGGUUUCUACUCGAGAAUGCGAGGGUGGUGGAGGAGAUGAUUAUAGACUUUGGAUGUAAGGUUUCAAAGUAUCGUUCCCCUGAAAAGGCCGUACUUUUUUAAGUGACUCAAAAAUUGCCAAGGUUUCCAAAAUGCUCACCUCAAGCGGUAGUUCUUAUCCGUUAGUUUGUAUGUUUCCUUUCCUUUCAACUAAAUCUAGUAAUUAUGU